AUGAAAAGCUCAUUUCUACUUACCUUGACAGCCGCCAUCGCUGUCCUGAUGGCAGCGAGUCUGGCCUCCCAGAACGGUCCGAACGUUCAGACGGGUGCCCCUGAAGAGAUUAUUUCAGGAUCUCAAACAUCGACAGUUACAACAUCGCAGCAAACCGCUCAAGGUUCCCAGGUGGCAGAUUCAAACACCGCUGUCGAUGUGAUUGAGUUCGAGAACGUGGGAUACACUGGCUACUACUACGACGUCGCCACGCUUGGAGAGUCUUCGAGCUCGUGUGGAUGUGCAUUGAGUGAAUCUUUCACGGUGUUCACCGGUUCCAACUCCCCUCUUGAUGAGGAGCUUUCAGUUCAUUUCCGUGGUCCGCUCCACUUGGAACAGUUUGCUUACUACACUGCCGACGACUCGUCCAGUGGAUCAUGGUCGCGUGUCUCCUACUACAAUGCUUCUUCUCAGACGGCUAACAACGUUACAUUCUUGAACAAUGCAGGUGAGCAAAACUCGUGCUUGGGUAAAGCUUUGACCUACUCGUCUGGAAAUGGUACAGGUUCCUCAACGAGUUCCACUAUCUUGGAGGCCGACAACUUGGUCGAGUCCAAUGAGGAAUACACCAUCUUCUCUUCCCAGAGCUGUCCAGACUCUGGUUUCAACAACGCCUGUGGUGUUUACAGACUGGGUAUUCCAGCCUACCACGGCUUUGGAGGUACCACCAAGUUGUUCUUGUUCGAGUGGACCAUGCCUCAAACAACCACCACGAACAAAUCCAUUGACUACUACGAUAUGCCUGCCAUCUGGUUCUUGAACGCCAAGAUCCCCAGAACAAGUCAGUAUUCCUCCAACAGCAGCUGUUCUUGCUGGAACUCUGGGUGUGGAGAGCUCGAUGUUUUUGAGGUUCUCAACCUGACCACUCCACAUAAACUCUAUGCCACCAUCCACGAUUACCAGGGCACUGACAGUAUCAACGCAGGCAUUGCUGCAUCUGGUUACUUCUCCAGAAGCACUUCUUCCACAAUGAAGGGAGGAGUUAGAUUCGGCACUGACGGAACCAUUUCCAUCUUCUUGCUGGAUGACUUGUCCAUCGAUGAGUCCAUUGACGCUUCCGAUGUGAGCUCCUGGAUUUCUGGUGCUGGAACUGAAGACGUCAAGUCCUUGUCUUCUAUUUCUAUGAACACAUCCGCCACUCUGUCGUCCAAGAAGUCUGGCAGCAAUUCGGUGGAGUCCCACGGUUUCUUUUCAGCACUCGUCACCUUCAUGGUGCUGGCCCUUUUAUAUAUAUAG